AUGGGGAGGCCGCCAAUAUCUUCAAAAAUGUAGUGAAGGAUGAGCAUAUCCAAGCACCUGCAUGUUCUACCUUCAUCUCCCUACAAAACCUGCAUUUAAUGCCAUUCAUUGCCUUUUUCCCACUACUUAUAUGGCCACUAAAUUCAUUGCCAAUAUCACACACAACCCUAGCUAGCUACCAAGUUGCAAUAUUUUCAAGAAAAUAAUACCCUAUUGAUCAUAAGCUUGCCCCCAAGAAAGAAAGAAAGAUAUUCAAUAUGUCAAAAUUUCUUGUUUAUCUUUUGGUUUGUAUUUCUCUUAUUCAUGCAUGUAGUGCAAGACCAAUGGCAAGUAUUGAUGACAAUGAAGAAAAAAUACUAUUCUCUAGCAAGGAUGUAACAAUUUUGACUAGUGACAUAUCUAAAACAGAGGGAAGAAUAAUUAUAUCUGAAGAUAUUGGAAAACGUAUGUGGAAAAAGAGAUCAAUUGUUGCACGAAAGGAAAACGAAGAAGAGAAUAAAGGAAACAAGGUCAAGAUGACAUCGUUUCAUGAGGGAGCUCAUCAAGUAAAGAUAUCGAGGAGAGAAUCACGGUUGAUGCUACAAUCUCCACCGUCAACACAACAUGAGGAAGAAUCAGUGAACUCCAUUGAAAAGGAACCCGUGGAAGACGUAGUAGUUAUGGAUUAUGCACAGCCCCAUAGAAAACCACCUAUUCACAACACAAAACACUAAUUAUAUUGUAGAUGAAAAUCAUCAUACUUAUAUAUGUAUUGUGCUUUCUCCUUUAUACGUACCUGUAUACGUAUGUGAUACUGUGGGUACGUCUUCUUUUUUUUUUU